AUGACGAAUGGUAGAGUGCACGUACUAUCCGGACCAAGAGUUUAUAUGUACAGUAUUGAUACGUAUGAUCAAAUAAAAUCAGUUGUUGUUCCAUCGAAUUCAAAAUCGCUCAGAAUAGACAUGAUGAACAAUUAUUAUGUAUCUGGUGGUUCAAACGGCAUCUUUGUUUAUAACUCUGUAACAAAUACAUCAAUGACUAUUCCAGCAAUGUAUCCCUAUUAUCCUUCUAAUGGAUUAUUACAAACGAUGGACCUGCGAAACAGUUCAUCGGUACUCGUUCCAUUAAGUUCAAAUGCAAGCUCGUAUAUGCAUAAUGACAAUACAGUGUUUGUUGACGCUUCAGCGCGUUUAUAUGAUCAUCCAUUUGCCUUAACAACUGCCAUUGUCAUAACCAGUAAUGGUCAAUUGUUGGCAACCUAUUCAACAAGCCGUACAAUAAGCGGAAAAGCAUCCAAAUAUAAAUACUACUUUUUAGCCGCGUCAUCUGCAUCUCCACUUGUUAUUUAUGAAUAUUGA